GCGUGCGUGUGAAAAGUGCAAAAUUCACAAUGAUUUCCACUUCCAAAGAAUAUAAAUCAAUUUCGCAAUUCUACACAAAUCGCAGUGUUCUCGUCACAGGAGCAAGUGGUUUUGUAGGAAAGGUUCUCGUGGAGAAACUGCUGCGAUCGUGUCCGGGAAUCAAGAACAUUUACCUGCUGAUCCGGCCAAAGCGCGGACAGGAAGUGAAGGCGCGUCUCAAUGAUUUGCUAGGCGCCCCCCUGUUCGACACUCUGCGCAGAGAGCGUCCGAGUGACCUCAACAAGGUGAUCCCCAUCCUCGGCGACAUCACGUCCGAGCAGCUGGGCAUCUCGGAGAAUGAUCAGGCGCUGCUCUGCCGCACUGUGUCGGUGGUGUUCCACUCCGCCGCGACGGUGAAGUUCACCGAGAAGCUAAAGCUGUCCGUGGCCAUCAAUAUGCUGGGCACGAAGCGGCUCGUGGAGCUGUGCCACCGGAUGAUGUCGCUGGACGCGCUGGUGCACGUCUCGACGGCGUACUGCAACUGUGACCGCGCCGAGGUGUCGGAAGUCAUCUACGCGCCGCCGUACAAUCCCAACGACAUCAUCUCGCUGGUCGAUUGGCUGCCCGAGGAGAUGCUGGACGCGCUCACGCCGUCGCUGAUCGGCCGGCGGCCCAACACGUACACCUUCACCAAAGCCCUGGCCGAGCACAUGCUGCUCAACGAGGCCGGCAACCUGCCCGUGGCCAUUGUCCGACCCUCCAUUGUUCUGGCCAGCUUCGAUGAGCCCCUGCCCGGAUGGCUGGAAAGCUUCAACGGUCCUACUGGUGCAAUAAUUACUGAAGGAAUUGGCUUGGCGAAAGUGCUACUAGUUGAUGGAUCUAAGAUUGCCGAUAUCGUGCCAGUGGAUAAAGUCGUCAACCUGAUGAUUGUGAGUGCCUGGAAAUUGGCAGAAUGUCAGAACAGAAGUCCUGCUAUCUACAAUUGCACGAGUGGCAGGCAAAACCCACUUACUUGGAGUCUUUUUACAGAGUAUUGUACAAAUUACCUGCGAAAAUAUCCUUUGGAAAACGUCUUUUGGUAUCCUUUCACCAUACUUGUUCACACGGAACCGCUCUUCACUAUUCUCUCGUUCCUGCUCCAGACUUUGCCCAUUUACUUCAUGGAUAUACUCUUCAGGAUAUUCACAGCAAGGAGAUUUAAGUUUGUAUAUACAUAUUUGAUCAAGGUUUGUCUUUGCUUUAAUGCCUCUUCUUUCAGAAUUUUCACAAUACUAAAGAAAUACAACAAAUUGCUUCGAAGUACAUCGUUUUUCGCCACUCGCCAGUGGACUUUUGCCGAUGACAAUGUGAGAAGUCUCUUGAAAAACUUGAGUCCUGAAGAUGAAAAGAUUUUCAAUUUUGAUAUGGCAAAUAUUUCCUGGGAAAAAUAUUUGGAAAGAUACGUUUUUGGCGUCAGAAAGUACUUGAUGAAGCAAGAUCCGCAGACUAUUGUCAAAACUAAAAAGAAACUUCAAAAAUUAUAUUUUAUCAAUUUCGCUACAGCUGUUUUGAUCAUCGUGGGAUUUUUCUACAUUUUAAUAACUUUAUCUAUAAAUUGAUGUUAUAGAAUGAAUUCAGUUGUAAAUGAAGCCAAUAUGAAUCCUCCCUUUGGAUUGAAAAUUCUCUUCUCAUGCGCUGAUUGAUUCGUAAAAGGAUCAUUUAAAUUCAUAGAAAAAAAUUGUAAUUGUAAUUGGUGUAAUAUAGAAUAAACUCAUAUCAAUAAAGAUUAUUUUGUAAAUCCGGAAACUGUUUCCAAGUCAAUAAAGAGAUAUUUUUUAUAUGGCUUUUCACAUUUUACCGCCCGCAAUUCUUCUAAAUAUAAAAGCAUUUGAAGGGAAAUCAGGAUAGACACUCUACGACACAGUGAUAAGACUCUCAAGGCUAAGUGUCUCAGCGAAAGUUGUGGGCGCGUGUAUCAUGUCUUUUUUCCCAUUUACCUCUUUAUGAAAAACUAUAAAUACACGGCUUGGGCCGUUUUGCAAAAUGUAUAAUAUGUUGAGGCUUCUCCUGAUCUUCCUCAGUCUCUAAUUGGCUUUCAUUCUCAAAAUAACGCUUUGCUCUGCAGAUCAAAAUGAAGCUUUUCUCUUGCCUGUUGAUUUUCACUGUGAUCAUCUCGAGUGCAUUUUCUCUCGAGUGUUACCUUUGUGGCGAUACAAAUGGCACAGUUUGCGGUGAUGGUUCGGACCUCAGGACCAUGAAGUGCCCGACAGAACAGGAUGUUGAAUGUGUAGAAUUCUCCUAUAAAUCACCUUUUUCAGAUAAAGACACCGCAAUCACCGUCAGAGGCUGCAGUCCAAUUGGUUUCUGCGCAGAGAAGGCUAAAAUCCCAUUCUUAGAUGUCCUGGAUUGUGACACUUGCGAUGAUGAUCUUUGCAAUAGUUCCUUCCAAAUCAAUGCCAAUGCAACGAUCGUCUCGUUGCUGCUCUUAUUCACCACUCUCUUCUUUUCAAAGUUCUUUAAAUAGGUGAUUUUGUACGAUCAGUCUAGAAAUUGCCCAUUAAAUUUCUCUUAAAACACACAAGUAAUUUGAUUCACAACUCGCGAUGUUAGAUUCCUCAGCACUAUGUUGUGUGUAUGACAAAAUGCUGUAUAUAAAGAGGCAUUUAUGUCUGUGUGAUGAGCUAAAAUUAAAAGAUUCACUGUUAAAUAUGUGAUUGAAGAAUUUUAUGGAAUAGCCCAGAGUCUUCAGCCAAGUGACAUAGUUCUCAGAGAAUUGGCACACAUGUUGCCAACUUGUGGGGCGCGAGAGAUCAAUUUUUCAAGAGUUCUGAUCAGACUUUUCAUUGUAGAUCAUCAAUUUAUUGCCCGCAUAAAUCACUGAUAUUUACGCUUAGGAGAAAGAAUAGUUCCUGCUCUCUUCAACCUCUUGAAAUCAACAUUUAUAAAUCUAAUUAUAGAACUUCUAAUAAAAACUCAGCAGAUGAAGCUUAGCCGCUUGCAAAGUAAUCGCUGGAGAAUAUUGUCUGUAGCUCCGCCCUCGUAAAUGUCACGCCUAUUCAAAGGUCCUGCAACGGCAUUUCUCUAUAUAUGUAUGUAAAUGAUUCAAAGCUAGAAAAUUCAAUGCCAAUCGAAGCCUAAGAACUGUCCUUUAUUCCAACAAAUAGCUGAUGAAUGUCCUAUUUUCCCCCUGUUUUAUGUGACUUCCCCCAAAGUUUUAGGGCGUAUAAAGUUAAUUAGACAAUGGAUUUUUCAUACUACACACGAAUGUUCACGCACACAUCUCAAAAGCCACACCAAAAAUGGUUUUACUACACUGUGGGUGUGAGUAUAUACCAUAUAUUUUUUCCCCAUUUCCAUUAUAUGAAAAACUAUUUACUAGUCACGAAUUUACGCGUUCUGCGAAGUGAAUAAUAUGCUUGGGCUUCACUUGUUCUUCUUCAGUCUCUCAUCAGCAUUCAGAUUGUUCCAAUCGUUCAAUUUGCGCAGUGUUCUGAUAUUGGCAAAAUGAAGCUUCUCUGUGGCCUCUUAAUCUGCACGGUUAUCGUCUCAAGUGCAUUCGCCCUCGAGUGUUACUUUUGUGACCCAACAAAUGGCUUAUCGUGCAACGAUGCUGCGAAUUUCAAGACCCUGAAAUGUCCAACAAAUCAAGCCGUUGAAUGUGUAUCAGUUCAUCACAAAUCUGCGAGUGGAACUAAUGUUACUCUCAGAGGCUGCAAUCCAAAGGGAUUCUGCGAACACAAGGAUAAAAUUCCGCUCUUGAAUGUGCUCGAAUGUCACAGUUGCACCAAAGAUUUGUGUAACAACUCCUUCCAACUGAAUGCUAACACAACAAUCAUCUCACUGCUAAUCAUUUCUGUCGCAUUGUUUUACUCAAAGUUGUUUCGUUAGACAAAUCCAAGGAUUUGUGUGAUCAUUUCACAUGUAAAUUUGUCCAAUAAAUGUCUUUAAAUGAUGUAA